CCCAGGGAGCUAGUCAAACAGGAAGAGCUGAUUUCAAAUUGCAGGCUGUCUGCAGGAAGAGGCAGAAGGCUGCUGCAGGGAAACAGGCACUGCCUGGGGAAAGCACGAACUCGAGGUGCGCUAAGGCUGCCUGCUCCAGCAAACUGCGGGGAGGAGGACUCCAUGGCCUGAUCUUGAGCUGCCAAGAUGUGUCGGCUGGAUCAUCUGGACCCCGUCAGCACUCAGAAACUCUUGAUGAAAACAGGACUCAUCCUGAUAGUCAUUGGCCACCUGAACUUCAUUGCCAGUGCUCUGGUUCAUGGAACGGUGCUGCGCCACAUCGCCAACCCUAAGGAUUCCAUUUCGUUGCAGUAUGCCAUCUCCAACAUCAUUUCAGUGACGUCGGCCAUGCUGACCAUCUCUUGUGGAAUAGCAGCCAUUGUGCUCUCCAGAUACAUGUACCGGAAAUCGCUGAAAUGGGUGGUGUUCUCCCUCAGCAUCAGCAGCUCUUUCCUCUCCUUGUUCUGUGCGGUGGGGCUCGCCGUCUCCAUCGUCCUCACUUUCGUCAACAAUGGGCGCGCCCUGCUGGCCAUGUGCACUUUUGCCGACGUGGACUUCAUCCAGAUUGUGCAUGAGUGUCCCUUCGAUCCCACUCGGGUCUACAGUUCCACGCUGUGUCUUUGGGGUCUUUCGUUCCUCCUGGAGUCUAUAGAAAUCAUCUUCAGCAUCCGAUGCUUCCUGAUCCUGCUCCAGCUCCUGAACCUGAAGCUUUGCCGCAGAAGGGCUCGCAAGAAAAAUGUAACGCUGCAGUUUGUCAAAGCUGAGAGCCGAGAAGUCUGUGAGGGCCGUGAUCUCCUGAGCCGAGAUCGAGUGGAGACCGUGUGGCUCUAGCACCAGCAACACCAGGCACUGACCGCCCCAGGCAGACUCUUCUGUAUUGACUGCUCUUGCUCCUCUGGGUCUGGCAGGGAAGAUGACCUGCAUGAUCUACACGUUGGAUGCAGCUGCCGGCGUGGCUGGGCUAGAGGCCUGUAUUUCCACAUUCCCAAACCUUUUCCUGAUAUGAUAAGUGCAUGGAGGCUGGUGCUGAGAAAUCUGUUCCAAGCAACUCUGUUCAAGAACAAAGGGAGCAGCUGUGCCCAGAUGUGGGAACUCCCAACCUGGUUCUCAGUAAGCAUCUGAAAUGACUGUGCAGGCCAUUGCACUGAGGACAACAACAGAAAAACCCUUUAUUUUGAAGGCGUGAAAAAGAACCAAGCCCCACAAUUCCCACCCUGAUGCGCACUCCCAAGAUGGCUGGAUCGAUAGCUGCAGUGCCUUUCUCCAGACAGCUGGGCCAAGGAUGCUGUUGACUUUUUUGGAGGUAGAAAAGCUCCAACCAGGUGAUUGUGAAAGAUCUGUGGGGCAGGGGGCCCACACUGCAGUUCUGCAAGCUUCAAGCAGUAGCUGAAUCAACCAACUGCAAGGGGCCAAUUUUAAUUGGAGUGGCUUUGGGGGAGGGGUUGAAGUUUGUUUCUGUAAGAGGGAAUGGAAAAGGAAACAGCAAAUCCAUCCAACUUAUCAUUCUGAUAAGAAGCGAUACUUGUUUGUAAAAUAGUAAAGAACCCUAUGCUGCCUUCA